AUGGACGCCAUGGGAAAGCGUGCCCUUCUGGAAGCUGACUUGGCUAGCAUGGCUGUUCAUCCCGGCAAGCUAGCCUUUGUUCGCGAGGGCGAUAUCAUCUGUGUCUGGUGGGCUCGUCUGGCUACAAAACACCUCCUCCCUCCCAACAGCGACACCACCACCGCCAGCAGCAAUCAGACCGUUACCCUCAACAGCGCCAUGUCGCUGCGGGAGCCCCUGCCCCUCGGAGGCACCACGGCCGCCAUCCGUUGCGCCCUCAUUGCCCAGUGUACCCGUCCGCAGAUCGAGGCCUAUUCUUCACUGUGGCGUGCCGCCCCUGGGAAAAUUCUGCCACUCGUAGGAGACAGCGGUAUGCACAUGCUGACUUUCUCCAACUGGUGCAGAGCCAACCUUUCCGAGACAGAUCUAUCGGCUGCUGUUGUCAGCAGCAACACUAGCAGUGGCAGAAGCGGCCGUCCAUCUUACUUCCAGAACGACCAGUUCGGUCUUAUAAUGCCGGAUGGCUUCCCUAUCAUCGGGUAG